AUGUAACAGUUUGCAUCUACUGACCCCAGAGUCCCAGCCCAUCCCUCCCUCCUCCCCCCCUCCCCCUUGGCAACCACAAUUUUGUUCUGUGCCAUUCCUGUUCUUUAAAGUCCCUUGGUCCUUUCCUUGUCUUGGGCUUGGCCUCUUCCCCUGCCCCACUUUCAAUGCUGUUAUUGUCUGCACCGUCCCCGCCCUGCCUCCAAAUUCCUGCCAUCAUGCCCAGUCAGUCCUUUCUGGGUUUCACCUUUCAUCCCAACCACUUGUCACAGCUUUUACCCAAACCCAGUUCUGUCCCUAAGAGGGAUUCUGGUGCCAACCACUAAGACCCCUUUUCCUGGUACCCCCCCAGAAGCUCUUUGUGGAGCCAAGUGGGGAAGUGGUUGUGACCAGGGUGCUCUGUGCAGGUGCUGGGGUGAGGCACCCUUUCCCCCAGAGGUCCAGACUGUGAAAUUGAGGCUGAUUCAGGACUAGGCCAACCCUGUUCUUCUGGCAGCUUAGAGUGUGCUGGGGAUGAGGACACAUCAGGGACACUGAUCCCUUAGCCCUUCCUGAGGUGGGCUCUGCAUUUCUGCUCCCAGCUGGACUUGGGAGCAUUUUCCCACUGCAAGCCUGCUUAUGCUUGUGGGGAGAUUCUGUGGCCCAUCAGUACCAGGUCACCCUGUGGGCUCAUUCUAUGAAUGACAGGCCGUUGGCCUCACCAGGGGACCCAGAGCCACACAUGACCCUGUUUCUGUGGGAAAAUAUGUUCUGGUCUUUGAACGCCCAACUUAGAGACAAACUUUGGGGCUGUCCAAAGCUGAGGGAGGCCAGUGCGGUCUGUAGGCAGAAGGUGGUGAUGAUCUCCCAGGCCUCUGUUCUGCUCAGACCCUGCCACAUCCCACCACACUCAAGGAAAGACAGAGAAAAACCACUUCUAAGAGGGUGGCUGUCUGUCAGUGCAUCCUGGGAGGUGAGGUGAGUUUGGAGGCCUGGGGGUGCUCUUCACAGAGAAGGAAAGGCUCAGUAGAGGUGGGGAUGAAGCCUGCCCUCAGAUGCAGAACCCCACGAAGGUGCAGGGCAGUGCAGGGGCUCUGGUGACCUGGAAACACUUUGCAGAUGUUGAGGAAGAGCAUCCUGCAAAUAGGAUCUGGGCUGCCAUCAGAAGAAGGCCUAGAUCUAUUUUCAGUUGCUCCAAAGGGCCAGUAGGGUGGAAAGCACAGGGAUGCAGGUUUCAAUUCCGCAUGAGGAGGGACUUUUCACGGUGAGAAGUGUUUGACGGUGCAGUGGUUGUCUUGUGCAGCGGCGAGAUGCCGUCCCUUCAUGUGCGCAGACCUAAGCCAUCUGCCUGGAGGAUGUUUCGCAGGAGGUUCAAACAGUUGAUUCUCAAAUGCCAGUCCAGGGUGAGGUCUUCACCAGUCACAGCAAAUCAGAAAAUUAGAACAAUGCAGUGUAUGUUUCAUGAAGCUGUAUUUGGAAAGAGUAUACUCUGAGAUCAGCUCCUUCCAAACUUUUUUGUGGUAAAACGGUCCAUCUUUGUGAACUGGUGGUGAGAGGAGAUGGCAGCUCUUUUAUUUUUAAGGUUUAUUUGGUAUCCCCACAAAAGUUUGCAGUUGGUGGGAGAGUAAAUCCUCAGAGUUAUCACAGGGAGAAAAUCUUUUUCCCUUUUUUCUUUUCUUUCUUUUUAUUGUAUCUAUGUGAGAAGAUGGCUGUUAGCUGAACCUACUGUGGUGAUCAUUUCACAAUAUAUGUAAAUCAAACGAUCAUGCUGUGUGCCUUAAACUUAUACUGUGAUGUAUGUCAAUUAUUUGUCAAUAAAACUGGGGGGGGGAAUGUUUGCAAUAGUAUAUCAGCCUCUGUUUAAAACAAUUUCCUGGACUCUAAAUUCCUAAGGCCCAGAGCUCCCCGGCCUGGGUGGCACUUAAGGUCCCUUAUGGUUACACGAUUGUGCAAAGCACACUUGGGCUCAGGUGGCACAGCCACGCCCCCUCAUAGUCUCCUCCCUCCCCCCCCCCCCCCCCCAGCCAUGUCCUCUCCCCAAGUUUAGGAUGAAUGCGCUUCUCCUGUCUGCCUGGUUCAACCACUUACGGAUUCUCCAGAUCCUGGUCAACUCCGGGGCCAAGAUCCACUGUAAGAACAAGGACAGCCUGACCUUACUGCACUGCGCAGCCCAAAAAGGCCAUGUGCCAGUGCUGGCGUUCAUAACAGAGGACCUGGAGGACGUGGCCCUGGACCACGCUGACAAGCUGGGAAGGACAGCAUUUCAUCGGGCUGCAGAGCACGGGCAGCUGGACUUCCUUGUGGGCUCUGGCUGUGACCACAGUGUCAAAGACAAGGAGGGGAACACAGCCCUUCACCCGGCCGCCCGCUGGGGCCACCUGGCCGUGCUGCAGCGGCUCAUGGACGUCAGGCUGGACCUGGAGGAGAGGAAUGCGGAAGGUCUGACUGCCCUGCACGCAGCUGCUGAAGGGAUCCACCCCGACUGUGUGCAACUCCUCCUCGGGGCCGGGAGUAGCGCGAACGCCCUCACCCAGAAAAAGCAGAGCUGCUUCCACUACGCAGCCCUCAGUGGCUCUGAGGACAUGGCCUGGGCCCUCGUCCAUGCAGGAGGAAGCACUAAUGUGGCUGAUCACGUACGCGCCUCUCCUGUGCACAUCACCGUGAAGCACAACUUCCCCGUCCUGGUGCAGCUCCUUAUCGACACCGGCAGUGACCUGGACGCCGUUGACAAUGCAGUAGACACCCCUCACCUUGCCGCCGAGCACGCCUGGCAGGACAUAGUGGGUAUUCUCCUCAUUGCUGGGGUUAACUUAAACCUGAGAGAUAAGCAAGGAAAAACCACCUUGCCAGUGGCCACCCACAUCAACCAUGUCAGCCUGGUGGAAAUCAUAAAAGCCGAUUGCUUCUACAGAUGGGAGAAGGACCAGCUCUCAUGCAGGGACCUCUGUGACCCCUCUGGGAAGAGCUUGACCUUUAAGCAGGACCAUCGGCAGGAAACACAUCAGCUCCGCUCUGUGCUGUGGUGACUGGCCUCCAGGUACCUGCAGCCCCACGAGUGGAAGAAGCUGGCGUAUUGCUGGGAGUUCACCGAGGCCCACGUCCACGCCAUUGAGCAACAGUGGACAGGCACCGAGAGCUACCGGGAGCACGGGCACCUCACAGCCAGUGAGAACCCCAGCAGAGUGCUCUUCAAAGGCCUCGUCGCCAUUGGCAGGAGGGACCUGGCUGAAAGCAUCAGGAAGAAAGCAAACGAUGACUCUAGCGCCCCAAGGAGGUGCACAGCCAUGUAACUGGAGGGACUGGACAUUCAGGAGCAUGGAACCUGAGUGGGGGCCACUGAACAGAGGAGGACCACCGUUUAAGGGCUUAAAAAGCAAUUACUGUAAACAGACUUCCAGCUGCUUCCACUGAAACCCAUAUUAGGACCAGCAG